UCUGACUGCAGUUUGCGCCCUGCAUUCACAAGGAUAACGCGCGAAUCUUUGCAGCAAUUGAAAAAUAAUGAUAAUUGCUUCUUUCUUCUUAUUGUUUACAAGAGAAAUCGUCGUACGCUUUAACAUAAAAUCAUGUAUGGUUUUGUGAAUUAUGCUCUGGAACUUCUAGUGGUGAAGACCUUUGACAACGACACAUGGGAAGCAAUAAAGAGAGAUGCUGCUAUAAAUAUGGACGGACAAUUUCUAGUUCGUCAAAUUUAUGACGAUGAAAUUACGUAUAACCUUAUUUCUGCAGCUGUUAAUCGACUAAACAUUCCAGCAAAUGAGAUAUUGGAAUUAUUUGGUCGUAUGUUUUUUGAAUUUUGUCAAGAUUCAGGUUAUGAUAAAAUACUUCAAGUGCUGGGAGCAACACCGAGAGAUUUCUUACAGAAUUUAGACGCACUCCAUGAUCAUCUUGGAACGUUGUACCCUGGAAUGAGAGCACCAUCCUUUAGAUGUACAGAACGUCCAGAGGAUGGGGCUCUUGUUUUACAUUAUUAUUCAGACCGUCCUGGUUUAGAGCAUAUUGUUAUAGGAAUAGUAAAAACAGUGGCAAAAAAACUCCACAACACUGAUGUGGAUAUGGAUAUUUUGAAGACAAAAGACGAAUGUGAUCAUGUUCAAUUUCUCAUUACUGACUCCUCUCCUGCUGGUCGAGGUGUACUACCAAAACCAAUUUCUGCUGAUCUGGAAACUUUAUCUGUUGAGCCAAAAGUCAGUCCUGUUACAUUCUGCAGAGUGUUUCCUUUCCAUCUGAUGUUCAAUCGCAAGCUCAUAAUAGUGCAGGCGGGCUGCACAGUUACACGAGUUAUACCACAAGUCGCCAAUGGCAUAUGUAAACUGAAUGAUAUUCUUUUGACAGUGAGACCUCAUUUAGAGUUGACAUUUGAGAAUAUAUUAUCUCACAUAAACACAGUUUAUGUUUUGCGAACCAAAAAAGGAAUUAUGAAAUUUGAAGGAUCAGAAGAGUAUUCAUAUUUACGAUUAAAAGGUCAAAUGUUGUACAUACCGGAGACUGAUUUGGUUAUUUUUCUAUGCUAUCCCAGUGUCAUGAAUCUUGAUGACUUAACAAGGAGAGGACUUUAUUUAAGUGACAUUCCACUUCAUGAUGCUACUAGAGAUUUAGUAUUAAUGUCAGAACAAUUUGAAGCUGAUUAUAAGCUAACUAGAAACUUGGAAUUGCUUACGGACAAGUUGCAACAAACCUAUAGAGAACUUGAUGGUGAAAAGCAAAAGACUGAUAGGUUGCUGUACUCUGUCCUUCCUAUUUCCGUGGCAAACGAGUUGAGGCAUUCCAGACCAAUUCCAGCGAAAAAGUAUGACUGUGUAACAUUGUUAUUUUCUGGCAUUGUUGGAUUUUCUGCGUACUGCUCAGCUCAUACAGAUUCCAAUGGUGCUAUGAAAAUUGUUGACAUGCUCAAUCGACUGUAUAUAGCCUUUGAUGUUCUUACAGAUCCAAAGAAAAAUCCAAAUGUUUAUAAGGUAGAAACUGUUGGAGACAAGUAUAUGGCUGUAAGCGGCUUGCCAGAACCCUGUCGUUCUCAUGCUAGGUGUAUAGCUCGAUUAGCUCUAGAUAUGAUGGAUUUAGCAGCUGAUGAAGUACAAAUAGAUGGAGAACCUGUGAAAAUUACUAUUGGAAUUCACAGUGGUGAAGUGGUUACGGGAGUGAUUGGUCAUCGAAUGCCAAGAUAUUGCCUUUUUGGUAAUACUGUUAAUUUGACUAGUCGCACUGAAACAACUGGAGAACCAGGAAAAAUUAAUGUUUCUGAGGAUGCUUACAGAUAUCUUUGUAUGCCAGAAAAUCAAGAUCCACAAUUUUUAUUAGAAUACAGAGGACCCGUUUCCAUGAAAGGAAAAUCUGAACCCAUGAACGUCUGGUUUUUAUCAAGGGAAAGAGAGUUGCCAUCGUAAAAGAAUUAUUCAAAAAGAACAUUAAUGGUUAUAAUUAUUUUUAAUAUAGUUUCUGAAAUAGUUGCAUUAUGUUUACGUGAAAAAAGAUUUAUAAAUAUUACAGUGAAUGUUUUUUGAUUCCAGUUGAAAAUUCUUGCGUACUAGUUUAUGUACAAGAUGGCAUACAUUUUUAUAAGAUAUUAUUUGUUAUGAAAAUAGUUUGAUAUUUCCAUGUAAACGUCUAAUAAAUACACUCAUCGACUUGAGUGACACAAACAAUGAAAAUUGUGCGAUUGACACACUGAAGAAAGAUUAUAUUGUUAAUUCAGACAUAUAAGUAUGUGGUUAGGACUUUAGUCUGAACCAUAUACUGCGCGUAUGGUUGAAACAGCAAUACUGUAUAUGUAUGUUUGUACCGUACCAAGUAAUUUUUCAAUUAUUAUGGCAAUAACAAAAAUACAUUUUUUUUCAGUGCACCAAUGCAUACAGGGAAUAAGAUUAUUAUUUGUUUGAACAUUUACAUUAAAAGUCAAAGACUAUAAAUUGAUCCAAUUACUAAUUUAGUAAAUUAAACUUUGUAGUAUUACAAUUUUUACUUGUCUAGUUUCAAAAUUGGACCAUGUAAAAAUAUAUUAUUAACAUUUUAAUAA